GAUAUGAAACAAAUUAAAGAGAAAAAAUUAAGUCUAUCGAUAGAAUUUCUCUGCAUAUGCUUUGAACUUUGAAAGGGUCUGUGGAAACGCACUUAUGAGUAUGACUUAUCAUCACUAUUGUCUAUUGGAAUUUUAGCAUCACCGUCACUAAUUCACUAUAAAAACCGAUUAGUGUCCAAAACAUUUCAUCCAUUGAAACCAACUACGAUACAAACGACAUCAAUGGGGUUGUUGUGUUCUCUUGCUUUCUCCAUACAGUUUCUUCUUCUCUUCUCAUCCUUCCUCUUCACAAACAGUUUAUCUUUGAAUCAUUCAACUGCUACUCAUCAUCAUGAGUGCCAUCAACAUGAAAGCAAUGCCUUGCUGAGCUUUAAACAAAACUUCAUCAUAAGUAAGUCUGCUUCCUAUAAUCCUUUGAGUUAUCCUAAAACUCUUUCUUGGAUUCCAACCACAGAUUGCUGCUCCUGGGAUGGCAUUGAAUGCGACGAGCUCACAUGUCAUGUGAUCGGCAUUGAUCUUAGUAGCAGCCAACUCUAUGGUUCCAUGGAUCCCAAUAGCACCCUUUUCUCACUUGUGCAUCUUCAAAGCCUUGAUCUUUCGGAUAAUGACUUCAAUCACUCUCAAAUUCCUGCCAAGAUAGGUGAUCUUUCACAGCUAAGACAUCUAAGUCUUUCUCAUGGCAAUGAAAACACAUUCUCUGGUGAAGUUCCACCUCAAGUUUCACAAUUGUCCAACUUGUUGUCCCUUGAUCUUCACAGCUAUCCUCUUGAGCCGCUUCCAUAUGAUCUAAUCAACAAUUUGCAACUCAAGGCAUCCACUCUCACAAGCUUAACCCAAAACACAACUAGACUUGAACACCUUCGUCUUGAUUUUGUGACCAUUUCAUCAUCUUUACCUCAUACUCUCACAAACCUUACGUCUUUGCAAAUGCUUUCUCUUUUCAGUUGUGACCUGCAUGGUGAAUUUCCAGUUGGUAUAUUCCAUCUUCCAAACUUAGCAGUCUUGAAUUUGGGACAAAACCAAAAUCUUAGGGGUAGGUUGCCUAAUUUUUUCUCAAGCUCAUUUGUCAACAUCCGAGACACAAGCUUUUACGGUACACUUCCAACAUCUAUUGAAAACCUCACUUCUUUGAAUUGGUUUUCGAUUUCAAGUUGCAGUUUUUAUGGGGCCAUUCCUUCUUCGCUUGGCAACCUCACCCAACUUGCCCUCUUAGAUCUUAGCAAUAAUGGCUUUGAAGGUGAAAUCCCUCACUCUCUUUUUAGACUUGAAAAUCUUGAAUAUUUGUCUCUCUCGUAUAAUUUCUUAGAAGGACAACUAGCACUUGACAUGUUUUUGAAGCUAACAAGGCUUAAUGAUCUUGAGUUAUCUCACAACAAAUUGUCUUUGUUCUCACAAAAUAGGGCUGUCAAUGAGACAAUCCUUCCUCCAAUUCAGUGGUUAGGAUUGAGUCGGUGCAAUUUAAAUGGAGAAAUUCCAACUUGGAUAAUGAAUCUAACCACUUUAAAUCACCUGGAUCUUCAUGAAAAUAAUCUUCAAGGUGAAAUUCCAUAUUUCCUCUUCAUAUUAGAGAAUCUUACAGGUCUUGAUCUAAAUGGUAAUGUGUUGGAAGGACAGAUCGAGCUUGAAAUGCUUUCAAAGCUCAAAAAGCUUACUUUACUUGGUUUAGGCGGAGGCAACAAGUUGUAUUUUCUUGAGGGGAAGAACACUUCCAAUGUAACAUUUCCUUCUCAAAUUCAAUUUUUGGAUUUAAGUUCAUGCAACUUAGUUCAUUUUCCCAAUUUCAUUCAACACUUGCAAGAGUUGACUGAUCUUUCCAUAUCACACAAUAGGAUAAAGACAAUACCGAGUUGGAUGUGGAAUAAAACAACUCUUCAGAGUUUGGUUAUUUCCAACAACCUAUUGAUGGGAGAAAUACCCCCCUCCAUAUGCAACCUGCAAUCACUUGGGUGUCUUGAUUUAUCUUCCAACAAUUUAGUUGGCAUGAUUCCAUCAUGUAUAGGAAGCUUUAGCCGAUCUCUUCACAUUUUGAGUCUCGCAAGAAACAAAUUGAUAGAAAUAAUCAAGACUUUCAAAUCGAUGACACUUUCCAACACAAGCCACCAAGUACAGUUCAAGGACGACGUUUAUCUGUUGCAACAUUCUUCGGUUGAUAUUAGUUUGUUUGUAUUUCCAAUGCAUAACAAAGGGGUUGUCAUGGAGUAUCUUGGGCGUCAAUACUUUCAUUACAUGAUUGCCAUUGAUCUUUCAUGUAACAAAAUUUUCGGUGAGAUUCCAGAUAUCAUGGGAAGUUUGAAUGGUCUUGUUGUGCUCAACUUGUCCAAUAACAUGUUUACUGGCAGCAUCCCAUCUUCCUUCGGAAAGCUUUCAAAUCUUGAAGCGUUGGACCUUUCUUCCAAUAGCCUGUCAGGGGAAAUCCCCCAACAACUCACAGAGUUAACAUUUUUGGAAUUCUUCAAUGUGUCUUUCAACAAUCUCUCAGGUCCAAUACCAGAAAAUGGGCAACUUUCCACUUUUCAAGAUAAUUCAUUUGAGGGAAACAAAGGUUUAUGCGGGUUUCAAUUGCUGAACAAAUGUGAAGAUCGUUCUAAGCUUCCACUACCACCAACACCUGAUGGUGAUCAAGACUCUGAGUCAGGAUCUUUCUUUGAAUUUAAUUGGAUGGUUAUUCUAAUUGGAUAUGGGGGUGGCCUUGUUGCUGGGUUAGCACUGGGAAAUGCUUUUGCUGGAGAUGUUUUUAGGUUGAUGAAGAGGAUCUUUUAAUUCAUAAGUCUAGAUAUUGGUUUUUUCAUGUGUGUAAUCUUAGACUAUUUUCAUUUUUGUGUUUGCGUUUGAAGUUAUUGUGUUCCUUUUAUGUAAGAGUCUGCUAUGUGUAUACCCAAAUAAAAGUAGGCAAGUGAAAAAGAUAAAAUAUAGUCUGUUAUAUAUCUAUUUUGUUUUGCUAUUUUUGAUAUAAGAAAAGUCGUACAUUGUGUUCUUUGCUUACAUAA